AUGAAUUUUCAAACAAUUUAUCAGCAGCAGCCCAACGAAGACACACACCAUAUUCGAGAUCUCUCCUUUUCACUUUAUUGCAAAGAUAUGUUUGAGGCUCCCAUAGAAACACCUACAACGACAUCCAAUAUACCUCAUUCUCCAUACAAAAAAUUCCACUUAACACCAUCUCCAAAGCAAAUUAAAACCCCUCUUCUACAGACUUCUAAAACCCCAAAAAUCGACCAAAACUUAUCGUUUAGCAGACCUUCAAGAAUAAAAUCAGCGAAAUCUAAAUCCAAAAGCCCAAAAAUCAAAUGAAGAAGCCAUAGUCCUACAAACGAAUUUACUUAUACCCCAAAAGGCUCCAAAUCAAAAAUCAUUAACUACAACAAAGCUUCUAUUAUAAUCAUCCCUGCCUUAGUAGCAGUCAAAGACGAAAAGCCUUAUGUAAAAUCAAUGAAAACUUUAUAUACCCGAGCUAAAGGGAAAAUGCCGAAGCCUCCAAGCUCUCCUCUAAAAUUCAAUGAAAAAGUCCCACCUCAACGAAAAUUCCGGCUCAUUAGAUCUUUACAGAGUCCUUCAAAUUCAAUAAGUUUUAAAAAUGUACACAUAAAUUAA